AUGUUCCGUAAUCAGUACGACAGUGAUGUUACAGUCUGGAGUCCACAGGUUUGUUGAGAGAUUUUUUCCUACACAUUCUUGAGGUGUUUUUUCCAGGGGCGUCUUCAUCAAGUCGAAUAUGCUGUUGAAGCAAUGAAACAAGGUUCAGCAACUGUUGGAAUUAAAUCAGAAACUCAUGCAGUUAUUGUUGCAUUGAAGGUAAUUUGAAAAUUCCGGACCCCCUUAUAAACAAUGUUCAAUCUUUCAGAGAGCUCAAAAUGAGUUGUGUUCUCAUCAAAAGAAAAUUUAUGAAAUUGAUACACAUUCUGGAGUGUCAAUUGCUGGUCUUCUUUCUGAUGGUCGAAUCCUCGCCAGAUUCUUACAAACUGAAUGCUCCAGUUGGCGAUGGGAUUACAAAUUGCCAAUCCCAAUGAAGAAAUUGGCUGAAGCUAUGCAAUUGAAAUUACAAGCAAACACUCAAUAUUAUGGCAGACGGCCAUUCGGAGUUGGACUUCUUGUUGCUGGUUAUGAUGUAAGUUUGAUAUUUUAAAACAGCGGGGUUACUUAUUAAACUUAUAGAAAGAUGGAGCUCAUAUUAUUCAAACCGAUCCAUCAGCUGAAGUUGUGAGUAUGUUGGGAACAUCAAUCGGAUCGCGUUCACAAUCAGCUCGAACAUAUUUGGAACGUCAUGUUGAUGAAUUCGAAAAAUCAACUCCAGAACAAUUGAUUGUUCAUGCAUUGCUGGCUCUUCGUGAUACUUUGCCAGCUGAAGAAAAUCUCAGCGCACAGGUAAUCUAAAUUAUUCAUUGGAAAAUUUCGAAACAUUCUUAUUCAGAACACUUCAAUCGGAAUCGUUGGAAAAGAUAUGCCAUUCAAAAUCAUCGAAGAUGAACUCGUUCAAACUCAUCUCGACCAAGUCGCCACCCAUCCAAGAAACAUAACUGCACCAGGAUCUGGCGCAGCUCCAGCAGCCGGAAGACAAUCGCCAGCACCAGGAGGAGCCGGAGCACCAGAACCAAUGCAACAAUAA